ACCAUAUCUGUAUAGACCUCAUUGCUCAGUUAGCUAGCUUAUCAUAAAGACAUUAUGUCGAAGGAAGUGUGUGUAUUUGUUGGGGGGUUUAUUGCGAUAAUUGUACUAUUAGCGAUACAGUUUGUAAGUAACUUCACUGUCUGUAUGUACGUGAUAUGUGUCAUCGCCGGGGUCACAACUAUAUGUUGUCUAAUUCUGAUACUUUUGAGGAGUGGUAAGGUAUCCAUUGAAGGAAAAAUAGUAUUUAUCACUGGAUGUGAUACUGGAUUUGGACAUGAGUUGGCAAAAAGGUUGGAUAGUAUCGGAAUGGUUGUUUUUGCAGGAUGCCUUUUAGGGGAUGGUGAAGGGGCAUUGUCAUUAAUCUCACACUGUUCAGAUAGAUUAAGAAUAGUUCAGGUUGACGUCACCAGUGACGAAUCAGUAAGAAUAUCAAGGAAGGUGGUAGAAGAGCAUAUUCUAAAACUGGAAGAAGGGAUCUGGGCAGUCGUGAAUAAUGCUGGCAUAUGGACAUGGGGUGAACUGGAAUGGGGGAAGGUAGAAGUACAUAAACGAUUGGCCGAAGUUAACUUGUAUGGUAUGGUUAGAAUUACUCAAACAUUUUUACCACUUGUAAGAAGAGCUAAAGGACGUAUAAUUAAUGUUACGAGUAUGGUUGGGAGAUGGACUCCACCCGGUAAUGGCAUGUAUUGUAUGACGAAAUAUGCAGCGGAAAGUUUUAGUGAUGCAUUACGUAAUGAAAUGUACCCAUGGGGUGUUAAGGUAUCCAUGAUAGAACCUGGGCUAUACGCAAGGGCAACCAACAUUGGUCAUAGUAACCCUGAGAUAUUUCAUCGUUUAUGUGAGGAAUUAUGGGAUGGAAUGACAGAUGAUGUCAAACGAGAAUAUGGGAUAGAACAUUACACUUCCCAUGUGCAGUAUUUAGUAGAGCAGUUAAAACAAACCUUACCAAACUGUAAUGAUGUAAUUGAUGUCAUGACUCACGCAAUUAUUUCUAAGGAACCCAAACAUCGUUUACCAAGAUGUAUUUCUGCAAAUUACCAUUUAACACAAGGCGUAUGUGAGUUAAAUGAUCAAAGUGUGACUUUGGAUAAAAAUAUACAACUGGACUAUGGCGAAUAUGUCUAUUUAGAGAUUGAAGACGACUACAAUAAGGUUAAUCACUAUCAAAAAGGUUGUUCCAGUGGGCCAUGUUUGAAUGGAGGACACUGUUCAAAUAUAGAUUCGUGUUCUGUUCCUAGUGAUUACUUGUUAUACACAUGUAACUGUUCCGAAGGAUUCCGUGGUUUGAACUGCGAUAAAUUAAUUCCUUACGUUGAAGUGGCUAAAGGUAAGGUAGCUACAUCAGUUAGCAUACAGCAUGGUGGAACCCCUGACAAAGCAGUGGAUGGAAAUACAGAUCCCAACUUUUAUCCAAAUAAAUCAUGUAUGCAUACCAAAAUUUAUAACCACCCUUGGUGGAUGGUGGAUUUACAAGUCAGCUACAUCGUGAGAUGGAUCAAUAUAACAAACAGAAUCGAUUGUUGUCCAGAACGUAUCCUUGACAACGAAGUAAGAGUUGGAUUAUCAAACAAUUUUCAGAAGAACACAAUGUGUGGUGAACGAGUAUCUGAAGUUUUAACCAAUGUUAUACUUGAUUGUCAGUUUAUGAUUGGGCGUUAUGUUAGUGUACAAAGAAUAGUCUACGAAACGUUGUGUUUUUGUGAGCUUCAGGUAUACGCAGAUGAUACAGAAUGGGAGAUGCUUUUUCGAGGUGUAAGCAACAAUGAUACUACUACGUCAUUUAGUCAGUUAUGGAUGGGAACAGAAGAAGUUGGCAAUAAUGCCGACACGAGCACACAAUACAAGAGCAAUAUGACCACGGAGUGGGAACACCUUGAUAUUAACUAUGUAAAAUUGGCACUUUUCAAGAAUUACACCGAGGUGGCUACAGUAUUAUUUGAUGGCGUUAAUAGCAACGCAAAUAACUGGUUUAAUUCUAAUCGAAUACUUGCUUCAUCGUGGCAUGAUCUAAUGAAAAAUGCGUCCGCAACAAUUGAUUGCCCAAGCAGAAACCACAGUUUUUCAAUUCAUGAAGAUCCCGAUGACUGCGCCACUGAACGUGGAUGGAUUGUUGUACUAGAUGACUAUACAUUUAAAUGUCCUUGGGAAAUAUCAGUCAUUGAUAGACCAGCUAUUUUAUAUAGUGGAACAGAGACGUCCAUCAACUGGAAUUCAAAGCAAGGUUUGCGACAAUUUAUGUACGAUAUCAAGCAUAAGUAA